CUCUGCGUACUCCGGCAUGACCGUUGCGUUGGGGCGACGCGCGCGCUGCGGUCGCACGCGCUGCGGACGCGCGCCUCCUCUCGUCUCGUGCGGCUUUAAGAACUGAGUCUGCGCAAUGGGCUCCCCAGUCCGGCGGUCGGUCUGCGGCGAAAAUUAAGCAGGAAAAGCGAAGGGAAUAAAAAGAGAGCCGUUCAUACCAGGGAAUAAGGACCAGAGGCAGAGCAGAGGCGGGGGCGGACAGGAGAAGGAGAAGGAGAGGAGAAGGAGGAGGAGGUGGAAGAGGAGGAGGAGGAGGAGGAGGAGGCUGGACAUCGGUACGGCGACAGCGGGGGGACACCGUGGGGGACAGUGAUGGCGAGGCUCGCGGUGAAGCGGAGGAAAGCGGGGCUGCCCGGCUUCUGCUGGAAAACCUGCUAUUUCCACAUACUCUUCUGGGUUGUGUCGGUGUGCGGCGAGGAGAAGACCUUCAUCGUGGAGACAUGGCUGAAGAACUACGGCUACCUGCUCCCGCACGACAUCCGCACGUCGGACCUGCGGUCGGAGAAAGCCAUGCAGUCUGCUGUCGCUGCUAUGCAGCGGUUCUACGGGAUCCCGGUAACAGGGGUGCUGGACCAGACCACCAUCGAGUGGAUGAAGAAACCACGAUGCGGGGUCCCUGAUCAUCCCCGCACCAGUCGCCGAAGACGGAACAAACGCUACGCCUUGACAGGCCAGAAAUGGAGGCAGAAACACAUCACGUACAGCAUACACAACUUCACGCCUAAAGUAGGGGAGAAGGACACGCAGAAAGCCAUCCGACAGGCCUUCGACGUGUGGCAGACAGUCACGCCGCUCACAUUCGAGGAGAUCCCCUACUCGGAGAUAAAGAAUGAAAGGAAAGAGGCGGACAUCAUGAUUUUCUUUGCCUCCGGGUUCCACGGUGACAGCUCCCCUUUUGACGGAGAGGGAGGCUUUCUCGCCCAUGCCUACUUCCCCGGCCCCGGGAUCGGAGGAGACACGCACUUCGAUUCCGACGAACCUUGGACGUUAGGCAAUGCCAAUCACGACGGGAAUGACCUCUUCCUGGUGGCAGUGCACGAGCUGGGCCACGCCCUUGGCCUGGAGCACUCCAAUGACCCCAGCGCCAUCAUGGCCCCCUUCUACCAGUACAUGGACACACACAACUUCAAGCUACCCCUCGAUGACCUUCAGGGGAUCCAGAAGAUAUACGGCAUCCCCACUGCGAUGCUGGAGCCCACCCGGCCGCUGCCCACUCUGCCUGCCCGACGGACGCACUCCACCUCCGAGAGGAAACACGACAGACAGUCCCGGCCGCCGCGUCCGCCCUCCGGAGACAGACCUUCUUCGCCCGGCAACGGGAAGCCCAACAUCUGCGACGGGAACUUCAACACCGUGGCCUUCUUCAGGAGGGAGAUGUUUGUGUUCAAGGACCGCUGGUUCUGGCGACUGCGCAACAAUAAGGUGCAGGAGGGCUACCCGAUGCAGAUCGAGCAGUUCUGGAAAGGCCUUCCGCCCCGGAUUGAUGCGGCCUACGAGAGGUCGGACGGGAAGUUCGUGUUCUUUAAAGGUGACAAGUACUGGGUCUUCAAGGAGGUAACGGCCGAGCCGGGAUAUCCGCACAGCUUGGUGGAACUGGGGAACUGCCUGCCCCGCGACGGCAUCGACACGGCUCUGCGCUGGGAGCCGGUGGGCAAGACCUACUUCUUCAAGGGGGACCAGUACUGGCGCUACAACGAGGAAAAAAGGGCGGCCGACCCCGGGUACCCCAAACCCAUCACAGUCUGGAAGGGCAUCCCUGAAGCACCGCAAGGAGCCUUUGUCAGCAGGGAGGGCUUCUACACCUAUUUCUACAAAGGCAAGGAUUACUGGAAAUUUGACAACCAGAAGCUUACGGUGGAGCCCGGCUACCCAAAGUCCAUCCUCAAGGACUGGAUGGGAUGCGAUCAGUCGGAGGUGGAGAAGAACAAAGAGCGUCAGCUGCCCUCCGACGACGUGGAUAUCAUGGUGACCAUCAACGACGUGCCCAGCACUGUCAACGCCAUUGCCGUGGUGAUCCCUUGCAUCCUGUCGCUGUGCAUCCUGGUCCUGGUCUACACCAUCUUCCAGUUCAAAAACAAAGGGGUGCAGCAGAACGUCACCUAUUACAAACACCCGGUGCAGGAGUGGGUAUGACAGCCCGGGGGACGGCUGCCGCUUCCGGAUAUUGUUGAGAGGGCUACUAAAAAAAAACAAAAACAAAAACAAGAAACAACAAAAAAACUGUCGGAGCACCGUGUGAUCAGUGCCUGCCUUGCACAACCAAUGGAGACAACGGGGAGGUGUCGUCCACGCCUCGUCCCCCCCCCUUCCUCCCCAUUCCCCAUCCCCACGAGAACCCAGAGACGUGUUUGUUUGUUAUUUAGCAUGAGCCGAAGCACAAAAGACCGGGAGGCCCCCGACAGCGAGGGGCGCGGCGGAGCCUCGUCGUCCCUCGGGCCGGUCGAGCCUUGUGUCCGCCCGUACGAGGCAGUCGUCCGCAGGACUCCCCGUCGGCAGGAAGCAGGAGCCCAGCGUGAGCGCGGACAGCUGGACACCAGCAACUUCGUCUCGUUCUCCAAUGCAGACUUGUACAUGAAGUUCAAAUUAUACAAAACGAGUAAAACGAUUAGCUUACGAAAAAAAGCGGACAGAAAGAAAACAAAACAUCACAAAGUAGGUAGAAAGGCCAUAGAAAAGAAUACCAAGGAUUUUUUCAGUGGAUCACUUAACCUUUUCGUUUAUGGAGUGUCCUUAAUUGAUUAAAGGAAAUACUUUUUGCGUGUAUACAAAAAUCUUUUCCUUUUUUUUCUGUCGACUCCCUGACUUUUCACAUCCGGCUUUCGGUCAAAAGUGAGCUUGGGCUUUCGGAGAGCGCGCCUUCCCUAGCCGAUGAGGUAGAAAUCCCGGAACGGAACGGAACGCGCGUGGACCGAGCGACGGACGUGUUUUCGUUUAGGGAGACGGACAGCGCCGACGGUCGCGUGGCGCGCUCGAGCCCAGCGGCUGUGCGGAAUUCACUUUCCGCGACACCGCGUGAGAGAAAGACGCACGCCGUUUCUGCAUUUCCCAGACACUCCAUCCACGCCUGCUCUGUGGUGACAGCGGUAAGGUCACAUUAACUGCCGUGUUCACGCAGCCUUAAUCUCUCUUGCUCUGGCUACGUGUAACUCGGUCUGUCUCUUCAAAUGUAUAGUUACGGAAGCAUCGGUACAUAGUGUCUUGAAUGUUUCCUUCCUCGCCGUAUCGUAAUUCUCUACGACAACAGGACUCUUGAAAGUGGGCCGAGGAGCGAUGCGCGCUGGGGAGCGGAUCUUCCCCCUGGGAAAAGUGAUGAAUGCUGGGGUGUCGGUGCUGGGAAGUAACACUCGAUUGCAGGCCCGUUCAAUUUUCCUCUGUCCGGAGAGGAUCGGCUCAGAGGCUUGCUGGGUUUGCUGGCCCGAGGCCAGCCUGCUUAUUGUUGAAGGCAGAGAAAUGUUUGGGCCCUCAAAAAGAAGAAGCAGCUCUGCAUUAUACAUGAUGCGGUUAUUCUAUUCUGUGAAUUGUUUUUCUCUUCGGCUCACGCGUUGCUUCCGUUGCAGUAAUUGUUUGCUUCGAACGUCGCGUUAGUCAAGGCUGAGAUUAAGGACCUUUUCUUCAGGACACGGUUUCCAUCUGGUCGGACUUAACUUUAGCCCCAAUGGGGUGUGUUCCGCCGAGCGCUUUCUGCUCAUUGGUCGCGUGUCUCGUGACCCGGUCCACACGUGUCGAGCGCUGCCCUUUCCAGCUCGCAGACGUCCGCCGCUAGACACCGAACGGUCGAAGCCUUUUGCCUUGACACGAUGGGAGUCAUGUUAAACCGCUCAUUAUGUCUCUCGCCGCUGAUCUGUCGCACUCCCGAGAUUCUGAACGGAUGCUCUGUUGCGAUCUUUUACCGCAGAUUAUGAGUCAAACUCGGCGUCGACUCGAUUCCCAUUUCCGCUCGUAUUUCAUCCAAGAAGAAAGAAGGAUGCUUUGCGAACGGCUUCGUGAUGCGCUUCUGACAGCACUCUUUAAAUCCGGUGCCAAUCUGGAUAGUGAGAAGGCAGAGGUGGGGUUUUGUGCAAAACAUUUGUUUACAUUUCAACAAUGGACAGCUGAGAUUUUUCCUGUUUUUUUUUUUAUUUUUUUGUCAUAUGUUCUUUGAUUCAUUUCAGGAGUAUCGAGCCGGGAACGCUUCUGUCAUUUUCUCUUUUUCUUACCUGUUCUUCAGAUACAGUGCUGUAAAGGGUUCACACCCUCAUCUCGCUGCAGUUUUCCUCACCGAUUACGAUUUCUGUGGCCGACUUCAGUCCGAUUUAUACAAAUCCAUUCAUAUUGAGAAAGUGGAAUGAAAUGUAUGUAUUGUACAAAGUUUGCAGUGUAUCUGAUAUUUACUAUACAUUAGACUGUUAAACUGUUAGAAAUAGUUGGACACUGCGCAGUUAUUUGGCUUGGAGCAUUUAAUCUGGUGGUAGUCUGGAUUUUUUUCCAUAUGCAUACAAAUUCCUUUUCACGUCCGUUAGAUUGACCUGCGGUAUUGAAAACGCAUGUAGUAUGAAAUCAAUUAGCUGUGUAACUUAUUGCACUUGCAGAUUUGCCCAGAUUCUUCAUUGCUGGCCAAAUGCACAGCUGAACAGAGUCGAACUGAAUGGAUUUUAGGGUGGAGCCUUCAAUCUGAGCAGAAGAUUGAUGAGUUUGAUGGGUUAGGCUUUCGGUUGUUAUGCAGUAGCUUCAUAAAUACGGCAAAUCUUGUAAAAGAUUUUUCUUUUUCUUUUUUUUUUUUUUUUUAUAUCUGCCAGCCUUAAAUCUGAAAGGCAUGUGUGUUUACGUUCUUGCCCAUUGCUGUUUUGUGGUCCAUCUGGGGCUGCUCUUAAACGAUUCUGGCUUGGCAUGGUCAUGAAAAGGUAACCUACUUUCCUGGAUCUGCCUUUGUGUUCCUUUGCCAGUUGUUAUUAAUUCUCGUUAUUAUUGGUGUGCUUUAGAACUCUCUUCAAGGACAUAAAAAUGAUGUAGGAAGUACAAAAAUCAGUCCGCUUUUUCUUCAGCUGUAUUUCCUGGCUAUUUCGCAAGCACGGUCCCAUUGAUUUUCGCACUUUUGCAGAUUUCUGCGCCGUACAAUAACACGGUGGGGUUUUGUGUUUGUCGAAUUUUUCCAAUUAAUUUCACCAACAUCUCGUACCGUGUUUGAUCAAAAGCAUGCAUUGAAAAAUUGACACUUCUUUUGUAUGAAAAAGUGCUAAAUGUUGUUUUUAUCGGAUCUCGCGGUGUAGCUCAUUUAUGAGGGUGGCGGUAGUAUUACUUGAAUGGGAGCUGAUUUGACUUAUAUAUUCGAAAUAAAUAAUUUCACCGCUAAUGGAGCAGUCUGCCUUCGUGCUGUGUCAUGGACAAGUUUCCCCUGUUGUUUUCGGGAGCACCUAAAAGCUACGCUCCUGCCGUUCGGCAUCCACUCGCCUCUAGAUGCUCCAUGGCCCUUGGGGUUUUCUCGAACCUUGUCCUUACCAUGGAGGCUACUGUCUGUUGCGCUUUCUUACUGGCGCCAUAUGCUGCCAGUUCAUCACGAUUUACCCUUUUUUAAUUGACAUGCUACAUUUCGAAGCCUUUAGGAACAGCGCAAUAUUUCAACUCAAUUCCACUUUCACCCCUUUGGUUGGAAAAUUGUUUCAGUCUUCCAGAACUUUUAUGAGUUGAAAUAUCUUCUGAAAGGUACAGUUUAUAUGACUUCUUUAGUUGCGUCGGUUUUUGCCUUAACACUUUCUGGUGGUAUUCCAUGAAGACUUGGUGCCUUGUCUUGACGUUUGUAGUGGCUUGUUCGGCUCUUUCCUUUUACGCUACUCGAUGUUGGCCACAGAUACCAGAUCCGUAAGUGGGGCAUCAGGGUUAACUCAAGAGCAAUUCCGAGUGAAGACCUAUCACAGCAUACAGGAUGUUUUUGUCCUCCGUCAGAUGCUUGGUGUCACCAUCAGAAGAUCUGUCAUAUCAUAUUUAAUAUUGUUUAUCAUGUGUGACACACUCGGUGUCUUAACUUUAGGAAAUUUGGUGGACUGUAAGGAAAGCUCAGAUGUGAAGCUGACCUGGUCACUGGGAAAUAAGUCUAUGAUGGGCUCAUUAAAUGUGCAGACCCUUAAAGAUCAAAAACAUGGAGAUAUAACUCUUGUGAAAUGUAUCUCGUCCGAGUUUUGGAUUUCUCUUAUCGAGUUUGUCAAUGAGGAUUUUUUUUCAUCAGCCAGCCCUUUUCAUCAUCCUUUUCCCUCCGAAAAGGACCCCGUUUUGUUUCAUUUCCGAGCACGUUGGGUGACAGACCGACUGAGACAGCACACCGCCGGAGCGGCCCGUGGUGUUUGAAGCAGCCUUGAGACCAGACACUUCUCCUUCAGAGGUUUUCAUAAGCUUCACACUACACGGUUCCAGGACUCAUAGCUCAUCGCCCCUCACUCGCCUGAAGGCCGAAAGGCAGCCCUGAGGUCGGCGGGUUCGUUGUCCGCUCCAUGGUUAUUCCCAGUCUUCCGCCAUCAUGAAGUUUACCAUGUAGGACUUCCUUCCUGGAUCCUCCUUUCAUUUUCUCAUCGGGCAAAGUGUGUAUGGUGUGCUUAGCUCUUUUUCUGUCCUGGGCCCUAUUGACGGGUACGUUGACCACACCUUGCGCUUUCCUUCACCCACGGCUGUUCCCCAUAGCGCAGCGAAUUGCUACCUUCUAAGCACCACAUCCACCGAAACACUGGUCCAAGCAGUCGCUAUAUCAGGGUAAAUCAGGUAAUCUUCCUCUAGCACUGCUGGUACCCUGUGUUGCAGGCGCUCCGUGUUCGCACAUAACCUUCUUUUCACAUUGCCUUAUUUUUACUUUUUUUGCGGUAUUUAAUGUAAUCAUUUACUAUUGUUGCUUAUUAUUGGGCAUUUCAUUUUUUUUAUUGUCAGCUCCACAGAAAACACGGUAUGUGGGUGAGCAGGUGAUGCAGACUCACUCUUACAGCGAUACAAAGCCAUUUUAAUAUUUCACUUGUGAGAUGAUUGGUUUUACUGGGCCCUCUUUAAGGGCAGGGUUAUGUACCCAAUUUACAAAUCCCUACACUUAAAUUGAUUUGUUUUUCCUUAUUACAGUGUUAUUUCCUACAUUUUAGAGGCUAACCCUCAUGACUCAGAUAUUUGAGGACUCAGAUAUUGUGAAAAAAAAAAAAGCAGUGUUUUUUAUUGGAUGAAACCAAUUCAUGAAGAACCAGCUGUGAAUUUGGUUAGCUGUGAGAUAGUUUGAUACCAAUUUAUUAUAA